AUGGUUCUCAAACCGUCGUCUAGAAUGCCAUAUCCACCACCACCUCCUCCUCCUCCUCCACCGCCUGGCCAAAGACCUUCCUCACAACGGCCACUGAUAAAUUCACAAAAAAUAUCACCAUCAGCUCCAGUAAGAUCACCACCAGUAAAACCAUUAGCAAAACCACCACCUCCACCACCACCAAUACCACCACAUCGCGCUUCUAAACCUCCUCUUUCACAUCCGUCAAAAGUGGUAAAACCUCAAGGUAGUACUUUUGAUGGGAAACAUAUUAGUGCCAAGAAAGCAGCGAGUUUCCUUCACUCUGCACAAAAGAACCGUCAAACUAUAAGUCAAUCUUUAGCAACGGCAAAUCCUACCCCGCGAGUAGUUUCCAAAACAAACUUGAAUUCUUCCAAGUCAGAGCCCAAUUGGAACCCAAAGCAUUUUCGACUCUUUGUAGGCAAUUUGGGACCUGAUGCUACCGAUGAGUUACUACGCUCUGCAUUUAUCAAAUAUGCCACGCUAAGUAAUGUUUACGUGCCGAUGGACAAAGCCACGAAGAAACCUAAAGGGUUUGGGUUUGUUGCAUUUGCAAGUGCCGAUGAUUACUUGCAAGCAUUUAAGGAUAUGAAUGGCAAGUAUAUAGGACAAUACCCCGUACAAUUGAAAAGAGCUGAGUCUAGUGUUCCAAAGAAACACAAAAAUAAAAAAUAA